AUGUACAUCAGUAUGGAUAAAAAAGUGCAAGAGCUACGGAAGCAGGAACCUCUCAAUCGAAUUCCUGCAAAGAAAAUCGAUGCUGUGAGAUACAUAUCGUUCAACGUCAACAGUAUUAAAACAUUAUUCAACUACCAUCCAUGGAAUCUGCUUACAAACGGUGUAGAUGGCUUGCUCUCGUGCAUGGAUGGCGACAUUAUUUCACUCCAGGAGCUCAAGGUUCAGCCUAAUGGCCUCCAGCUUGUUGGUGUUCUCAAUCGCUACAGAGCAUUUGUCCUGGUUCCCAAGUCUAAGAAAGGAUACAGUGGUGUCGGAUUGUAUGUGCGCAUACCCGAAGAGCUGGAUCUGCCACAGGUGAAGCAAAAUUUGACUGUCAUAAAGGCCGAAGAAGGUAUCACUGGUACUCUAGUAGAUGCUUCCAGCCACAAAAGUUAUAGGGACACCACCAACUCUAUAGGAGGCUACUUGAGUGAUGCUGACUUAUCAGCUUUAGAUAUCGACACUGUCGAAUUGAGUGAGCUAGAUACUGAGGGUAGAUGUUCUGUCAUUGAAUUGGCGAACGAAACUGUGGUGUUUUCACUUUACUGUCCUGCCAACUCCACUCAAACCGUGGAUGGACAGCUGUUCAGAAUUAGGUUCCUCCAAGUCUUGCUCAAACGAUGUGAAAACUUAAAAGCUCUUGGGAAGAAAGUGGUGAUAAUGGGAGAUAUCAAUGUUAGCCCGGAUCUAAUUGACAAUGCUGAAGCUAUCAACCUACUCACCAAGGAAAAGAUAAUCCAAAACAACAUUCGCGACGGAGGUUCUGAAUUUGAAAAAACAAACUUAGAGGUCUGUAUCAUGUUUCGCUCAGACGCUACCCAUCGGGCUUUACUCAAUCAAUAUUUGAAGCCAACUCUAGAGGGCGCGCCAGGGCUCGACAGCCAAUUUCUAUAUGACACAACACGCUAUUAUAAAAAACGUCAAACUUCACUAUACACUGUGUGGAACACACAAACAAAUAGCCGGCAGUCCAACUAUGGGUCUCGCAUCGAUCUCAUCCUUGUGAGCAAUCCUGAGCAAAUUGAAAGCGUGUCUAAUGCAGACAUUUUACCAUAUUUAUACGGUUCGGACCAUUGUCCAAUCUUUACUGAUUUUGACGUCUCAGGAGAAAAUUUCUGCUCAAUUGAUCUGCCAAAAAAGCUACCAUUCGAGGCCAAGAACUAUUUCAAAUUGGUUGGGCAUCGAGAUAUUUCGUCUCUUUUUUCUGCAUUAUCCAGCAAGAGAGGUCUGCCUUCCCAGGCCAUUCCUGAUGAUGUUAAUAAAGAGAAACGAAAAAAGACUGAGCAAGCUCCAAAACUUACGUACACGAGCAGGAAGAGUUCUACAAAACCCCAACAAAACAUUGGUGCUUUCUUUGUAAGCAAGCGAGAGCCCAGCCCCCGUGAACCAAAAUUUACAAAGUCUUCCUCCCAGUUCAAUUCACAAGAGAGUGACAGUGAAGGUCAUAAAAUCAAUUCAAUUCAAAGUAUAGCCGCCAUCCUUUAUAGUGACCCCCCAUUGUGUCUACAUGGCGAGCCUACCAUUUUGAAAACAAGUUACACACCUUCUACCAAAGGCAAAAAGUUCUGGUGUUGUGGGCGCAACUCCAGGGGCUCUGCAACAGAGCUUGGGCAACAUCGUUGUAAUUUUUUCUCCUGGGCUACGAAAAAAACAAGUCUACAAGAAGGUAGUAGUUGA